AUGAAGCUUCCUCGACUUUAUUUUCUACUCUCGAUCAUUUGCAUUACAAUCUCAAGUGAAAUCAACAAUAAUUCCGGUGAAAUUCCAUCUUUACGGGAAAAGCGAAGCGGAAAAGACGCGAUUGUGGUGCUGAAAACGGUUUACCUUCAUAGUGCACUCUCCGAGAAUUGGAUGACAAAUAUGGUGAAGCAAAGGGUGUCGAAUUUGGGUGGUGAAAGAGUGAGAGUCCGGGGUUUCAAUAUGCGGGGUUACUAUGCCGCUGAGAUCAUCGUUCCAAAUGGGGAAUCGGCGUGUCGAAGCGUUCAGAGUUACGCGCGAAGUGCGGCCAAAACGAAAGAGCUUCAAUCGGUGUUCUUUCGCUGUGGUCGGAAGAAGUCAAUUCAGUACAAGAAGGGU